AAAUUCCCUAACCUAAAUAUAUUAGUAAACAAUUGUGGACUAUAAAUUGUUACUGUAUAAUUAGGUAUCAGCAAAAUUUUAUAGUGCGUAAAUUGUAAAAAUCGAAAGUUGAUGAAAUUACACUGACGAAUUUAAAUUUAACAAUCAUAAUUCACAUAUUAUUACAAAAGUAUUAAACUUUGUUAAGCAUUUAAGAAAUUUGAAUAUGUACGAUUCAUCACAAAAAGAUAUUGAACAUGUACUUGCACAAGCCGCGACAGAGAAGCCAGUGCGGGGAAGGGAAAUGGCAACAAGAACAGUAGGCCCACAUACAGACAAAGCGGGCCGGAAAGAUCCCAUGGCGUAUCAUGAAGGUUACGUCGAUGGAAAAUUGUAUCUGGUACCGGACAGUAAUCUAGAAGCAAUGAAGGACAUGAUAAAUUUUAAAAUGAGGCCAAGAAAAAGUUUCCGUUACAAACACCAAACAUCUAUUGAGCUUUCUCAAUACCAUCAUUUUAGAGGGAAAAUGGAUGAACUCUUAAGCAAGUUGGAUAGAAUGCCAGAUUCAGAGGAAAGUGAAGAAGAACCAGUACCUGAGGAGGAACCAGUACCUGAGGAAGAACCUGAACCCGAAGAGGAACCAGAACCAGAGGAGGAACCAGCAGUUGAGGAAGAAUCAGUAGUUGAAGAAGAAUCAGAAAAGGAAGAACCAGUAUUUAUUCCCCCACCUAAAAAACCUGAGAAAGAUGAGUAUUAUUUAAGAUUUCUUAUAUCAGGACAUUUUAGAAGUAACAUGAAGCCUAUUUAUAUAAUUCAAGAUUACGAUGGUGAACCUGACAUUUUUAAAGAACAAAAAGCGGACUUCUUUUCUAAACAAAAAGAAGGUGAUGUUGACAUCAACAUAUCUGGAAGAUUUUACGAUGAAAAUAUUUUAGAGGAAGCUCAUGAAAAACCUGUAGCUUUGAAGACUAAACCGGAAAAAAUCAUGAUAGACGAGGAAACAAGCAAUAUAUACGACACGUUUUUCAAGCAUAACUUUAAUAUGAAAACGGUUGACAUUAUAGUAAAAGGCCAGUUUAUAAAAAGUAAAACCACUCAAAAAGUCACUCCAUUUAUAACACUUAGUGUUAUACAAAAGUCAUUCAACCAAGCUGCAAUAGAAAAUAAAGCAGUGAAUGCAUACACAAACAAAGAUGCAACAACUGUUUUAGUUUACAAACCAAAAUACAAAAACCCAUUUUCUAAUGCCACAACUGCUCAUAUAAGUGAAGAAAAGUAUUCAAGGAAUGCCUCACAAAAGUCUUUACUACAAUCGUCAGUUCCUUUAGAAUUUAUUAAAUACGACGCUGUUCAUAAAGAUUUCAAUCUUGCUGAAUCAGAUGUGAAUAUGUAUUCAGCUAACGGAAGACAAAAUAAACAUCAUAACCAAUCAGAUCAAACUCCGAUCUGUCUUCCUUAUGAGAAACCCUUAAUAGCAGAUACUUUACCAAAUACAAGUAAUAAAAAUACUAAGGACUCAAUAACAUCAGAUAGCUUGCCAAACACAAGUAAUACACCAAAUGACAAUAAUAUUAGUACGUUCGAAAAACAUCCAAUAGGUGAGGGACUUUUUAAAAUCAUCAAAGGCAAUGUUUUGUUCAAAAAACUAUUUACUAAGAAGAAACGUAUAGAUAAAUCAUCAAUAAGUGUGAAAGCGAAAGAGAAGAAAAUUAAAGUUGACAAGAACAGCAAAGCUACAAACAGUGAACCUGGCAAACAGGUGAUUGAAACUUGGUCUACGCCAGAGUGAAAAUAACAAAAAAGGAAGCAGUAAGUAAAUUCUUGUUCAGUUCAAAACCACUGCAAAAAUGAUAGCAGUGGCACAGUAACAUUUAUGGAUAUAAAUGAAAACGUUAGUAAAUGUUGCUCGCUCAAACCUAUGUAUUUUAUUAAUAAAUGUUUGUUGAGUAAAUUAUUAA